UUUUGUGCCAUAUUAAUAAACAAAUUUUAGGCGAGUUUUCAAUUCAUAGAAACGAGAAAAAAAAGGAGGAAGAUUCAUUAUUCUAGAUAGAUCAUGAUGAUUUAACAUUAUAUUUGUCCCUUAGUGUCCUAUAAUUAUUAUACUUUAUUAAUAUAGAUAUUGGGAAAAUUGCGUCGAUACGCUUCGUUCUUUUUUUACGUAGAUAUAAUCAAUAUGAUUUAGCAAUGAAUAUAUCAGAAAACCACGCUUGUCUCCUUAAUCAGCGAGUUGUAAGACUCUUAAAGUUCAAGGAUAUUGUUCUUUUCGGUCAACUUCAUUGUUACUUUGCACCUGUCUUCAAAAUCCACUAUACAGAAUCUUAUAAUUUCUUGUCGCUUUCAAAACUGAAGAUUUCAAUGUGCAACCUUUGAAUUAAUCACGAAGAAAAACCGUUUCAAAGAAACCAAUUUACGUUGUGAUUUUCAAAUUUAUAUUUUACUCCCUGUAAAAGCAGAGGCGUUCAAAAUGGCAAGAUUGGCGUCAUCCUGGCAUAACACACGCCUGUACUUCGGUUUGCCAUUAAGAGAAGCGCCAAGGAUUUUGACGUCAACGCGCAACGAGGUGUCGCCUCCCACUAGGAACCGGCAUCAUGGUUGGAAGUCCUCGGCGCAGAUGCGACUUCUGGAAAGGGACGUUCCGGCGCCUGUGACGCCGACGACGACAUCGAACCCGGGAACGCGUUGAUCAGCAGUUUGUGAGAUGUCGUCGACUCGAACGCAUACUCCUUAGCUCUGUACUUGUGUACGUGUGUUCCUUGUGUGCGUGCGUGUAUAAGUAGACAAGCAUGUGCAGAUUCGUGUUGCCGUGAAUAGUCAGGCACAGGACAGUCAUCGGGCGUCCUCGGCGAUUCCACCUGACAGACUGCCGUUAGGUCCGAGGUGCUUCGUAUAUAAAAGAACGCCGGACACGGGCUGCAUUAUCUCUUGAUGCGUUCAAUAGUCGUCCGGCAUGUACCGAUGUAUUUGGAACUAAGGUUGAUCGUCAUGGUGCGUCGAUCCACCUACGAUCCUUUGACAUGCUAAUCGAGCAACUUGGCUUUUCAUCGGCGAGAAGCGAGCCAGGAAACGCAGUCAGAAUCGACGACGAAUCGAUAAAGUGGAGUGUGGCUUCCCGACGGUGGAGGAAUUCCAAAGCCUGACCACGCGGGGAUCAUACUCCUGUUCGAAUUUGAGGACGUGCGAAUCGCGAACUUAAUCAGGAUGAUAACCUGCUGGGUGUUGGCUGGUGUAUUUGGAGCUAUCGUGCUGCUCUAUGGCCUAAUAGAAGUUCACUAUUUCUUGCGUAUGUGCUUGACCGUGUUCCUUGCGCGUUUCUGCAAGAAGAAGGUUCAUAUCCUCGAUGAGACCACCGUUUACGGUAUUUGCACGACAACGGACGUGGACACAUUACUUUAUCACAUGAACAAUGCGAGAUAUCUUCGUGAGAUCGAUUUCGCCAGGGCGGAUUUUUACGAAAGGACGAGCCUCUAUCGCGAGAUCUGCUCGCAAGGAUCGGGCGUCGUACAAGGAGCAUCGACCAUUCGUUAUCGCCGCUUCCUGAAACCUCUGUCCAUCUUCAAAAUAACUUCUAAGAUAAUAUAUUGGGAUGAGAAGUCCGUAUUCAUGGAACAUCGGUUCAUCACUCCCAGCGACGGAUUCGUCAGGGCCAUCGCGAUGUGCAGACAAAGGCUUUUGGAUUGUAGCGCCGAGGCUGUGAUCGGUUCCCUUAUGGAACGAGGCGUCAAGCAGAACGGUAACGUGGAGGCGGGUGUAACUCAGAUACCUCAUGUCCGACCGCAGAUGCCACCGGAAGUCGCCAGGUGGUUGGAAAGUAACGAAAUUUCUUCGGCGAUGCUUCGUCAGAGUUCAGCAGCAACGACGAAUUGCUGACAAAAGGAGGAUACGGCGUCCUCCGCAAAUGGCGCCGUGUCCACUUCCGUCUAUUCGACUACGACCGUGUAAGGUCGAAGAUUCGAUCGAUGCCAGAUUUCGUUGGUCGUGAACGCAUUCAUGGAAUCUUCCAGUAGCUACUUUCUUGUUCGAACGACGCGUGUGAUAACGUCGAAUCAAUUUUUUUGGUGAACAAAUUACGAGUUAAGUUUGGAUCUUUUAUCGAUUGCAUUCCCGAUGGUUCGGUUGAGAAUUGAGGUGAACGAUCGGGCAGCUUAAAAGUUGAUGCUUGUCUACCUAAAAAUUGGCUCAGCGUUAUUUGCAACAUAAUUCGAAUGCGUAAUCGUGUAUAUGUAUCCAAUGUCAAAGAAAAUGGAAACUCUUUCGGAUCGAUGAGAAACAGAAAUCUAGAGUACAAAGGCCAAACAGAGACGCGGAAAUUAUUUUACUAGGCAAUGGUAUAUACGUGACUAUCGGACAAGAUGUGUUUAAAUUCCUCAUGCGUGCGGGGAGGAACUUGCUAACAAACCGUUUGAUAUGCCAAUGAAUUCAAUGACUUUGAGAAUAAUUUACCAAAAGUCUUACUAGCAACCGUGGAACGGAUUGCUAGAAGGAUAAGGUUACAGAUUGUAGAUCGAUUACAUCCACUUCAAAGGAGCUUCCGAAAUUAAAAAGAGCACCGUUUGUUAAAUAUUCUCCGUUGAAAGUAAUCGCGAUACGCGUGGUGUUAUUUACAUUUUUUAUUAUAAUAUAUAUUAUAUAUGUAUAUAUAUAAAUAUGUAUACGUAUGUAUAUAAAUAUAUAUGUAUGUAUAUAUAAAUAUAUAUGUAUGUAUAUAAAAAAAUAUAUAUAUAUAAAUUAGCGACUGGCGCCGGUAAUGAUUUCCACGAGAAAUGCCAAUGUAGAAUUUUCCCGAGGAGCUGCUUUGCUGCAGGAUGGUAGAGAUAGAACAGCAAUAUAUUUACAAGCGCGUUGAGCGGCGAAUGUUUAUACCUCUAUAACGUAUUACAGGUGCCUUCACAUAAAUCAUGGUGAAUAUUCGCGCGCCUGCGAUUGUCGAGCACUCAGACUGUGACAUUCGCUUAUCGAUAUGGUUACCGUGUUUGCCAUGCAUCAAUUCAAUUGUGAUUCUAUUAUAAAUUUCACUUGUUUGUUAUUAUUAUGUUUCUAGUAAUAUAUAGAAUGUCCGCGAAAUUGCGAGUUGGUUGUAAACGAUUCGCAUAUGAUCGAUUUGUUGAAAUCCUUAUAUACAAUCCUUAUUACCGACGCCAUUUGCAUGGGUGAGUCCAUAAAGUGUAUCCCACUUGAAUUUCGAAAUAAAUUGGUAUCCGUAGUAUGGUUAUUAAGUAGCCGACGACGUAGCGAGUCUCUAACAGCUAAAUAGCAUUGUGCACGUACUAUGCGUGAAAUCGUUAUUAUAAUUCUAGAUGAUAAUAAUGUCAUUUUUGUCACAUAAUACUAUGUUGGAUCAUGUCGUUGAAAAUACCAUUAUCCAGGAGUAAGAAUAAAUAUUCCUUAGAUGGCUAAUGUUUCUUCGUUGGAAAGCACA